CCGCGGUGUCGCGAGAGUGGCGCGUGAGGGUCAUAGCGGAAGUUGAGCGACGGCGCUCCUGCUGCGGGCGGGGGGAAGAAGAGGAAGCCUCGGAGGGGAAGAAGAGUGGGCCGCUCACAGCGGAACCCCAGCGGCUUACGGGCGGGUCGGCCCUCCUUGCUUUCCCCUGCAUGUGAAAGACGGAGCCCGAAGUCAGGCUGAAAGCGGGAGCGCGGAGGAGAGAGGGUGCAGGCUUGAACCGGGAGGACCCGGAGAAGGAUUUCCUAUCCAGUCCCAUCAUUGCUGUCCACCAGCGGCUUGAGCAUGGAAGCCAUCGCCAAAUACGAUUUCAAAGCCACCGCAGACGAUGAGCUCAGCUUCAAACGAGGGGAUGUCCUUAAGGUUUUGAAUGAAGAAUGUGAUCAAAAUUGGUACAAGGCAGAACUCAACGGCAAAGAUGGCUUCAUUCCCAAAAACUAUAUUGAAAUGAAACCACAUCCGUGGUUUUUUGGGAAAAUUCCCCGAUUAAAGGCAGAGGAGAUGUUGGGCAAACAGAGACAUGACGGUGCCUUCCUCAUCCGGGAGAGUGAGAGCGCUCCUGGGGACUUCUCCCUUUCAGUCAAAUUUGGCAACGAUGUGCAACACUUCAAAGUGCUUCGAGAUGGGGCUGGCAAGUACUUCCUCUGGGUGGUAAAGUUCAGUUCUCUGAAUGAGUUAGUAGACUAUCACAGAUCAACCUCUGUCUCCAGGAAUCAGCAGAUAUUCCUCCGGGACAUUGAGCAGGUGCCUCAGCAACCCACAUAUGUCCAGGCUCUUUUUGAUUUUGACCCUCAAGAGGAAGGAGAACUGGGCUUCCGCCGUGGAGACUUUAUCCAGGUCCUUGACAAUUCUGACCCCAAUUGGUGGAAAGGAGCCUGCCAUGGACAAACAGGCAUGUUUCCACGCAACUACGUGACCCCGGUGAACCAGAACAUCUAGAGCAGAUUAUAAAAGAUUAUUUAAGGAACGAGAGAAACAAUAAAGCACCCAUUCAGAGUCUAACUGCAGCCAGUGAUCUCCAGUCGUCAGGCCAUAAAAUCUCAGUCACCUCUCUGUUCCAGGGGGGAACACUUUUUUACUCAGUACGGAACUUUGUGGGGAGGGGGCAGGAGAGGAGUCCAAUGUUUGCGCCAAAACUUACCUUUUUAAAUUAAAUAGAUAUUAACAGGUUUCUUCAUUGCUCCUGGAUGGCCCCUUUUGGCCACUCUUCCUUUCUCCCCUUACACUGACACACCAGUUCAUCACUGCAUGAAGUUUUAAUGCUAUGAAGUCUGUUCUGUGCCAUUCAAGGAAGAGCGAGAAACUCGGCUGGUGUUUGCUGUUUCCAUAAACAGUCUUCGAGAAGGGACUAAGAGGGGAACAAAUCCACAGCAUGGUCUUUUAAUGACAAAACAUGCACUCACUCACACACACACACACACACACAUUCUCAUGUACAUCCCAUUCCGCUUUUGCCUCUAAUCGCCAGUGUUCUGCCUGGAAGAUAUAGAUCCUACAUUUUCUUCCCCAUCUGGAAUUGCAGCACCCGUAGAGCAGAGGGAAGAUGGUGACAGGCUUUCUUCCCGCACAGGCUGUUCUGAGAAGUUUAAAGCUGCAGCCAAAUCAUGUUCUCAUUAACGAUUGCUAUUUUUAAUGUGUGUAGUUGAGCACAUUCUUGAAUUAUGUUUUUCCAUUAGUGCCUUUUCCUUAAGUUAAAAGGACAGUCCAGAGCUUUUCAUAUCUCCUCCCCCUUCCCACUUUUGUGUAAAUAUUUUAGGGGUUUAAUGGCUAGAAGUUAGUUAUAUUAAAUACAAAGAUCUCCAUAGAUCAGAUGCAACUUAAAGCUUGUAAAAGCAUCUGAUAGUCUUUAUUACCAGGUAAGAAAAGGCAUUAUGUAUUCUCGAAAAGGCAUGGCUAGAACCUUAGCCAGGAACCUUUUGCAAGAAAUGCUAGCAGAUCCUGACAUGAUGAAAAUUGGGGUAUAGUGUAUGAAGCUACAUUUGGAUGGAGAGUGAAUAUUCUGGAAUGUCCUGUGAAUUAUGUAAUUUCCCAAAUACUGCAGGGAAGCAUCAAGAAAUUAUGCUUAAUCACAUCCAGUGAAUGUUUAAAUACGAUGCUCAGUGAUUUGUUGACCAGUUCCCUUUUACAGUUGGCUGGGGCACAAACGCAAUCAGUGACUGUUUCUCGAAAAGGAAGUUGGUAUCUUUGUGCUCCAGCAACUCCCUACCUCCUCAUGUCAGUGUUAUCACAGGUGGAGGAGUCAGUAUUGUGCUCCCAACUCACAGCAGGCUGUGUAGAAGACUGUAUUUCAGGCCUGAACCCUCCCCACCCCCACAACAACACUCACUGAUGCUAUAUAGGGCUUCAUCAGUGCUUUGAAGUAAGAUGGGAGAGAGCAAGCUGCAGAGCUCUUUGCGUGCCAAUAUUCAUCUUAUUUCCUGCUGCUGUGCCACACAGCCAAAACUUUCAUCCCAAUGACAGCAAACCCCAGAGCCUCCACGGAAGAUCUCCUGUUCCGCUCAAAUGGAGAAAUUCCUGUGUUGGUGGGUGCCUUUUUUAUAUUAAGUGUUACAAGUGUGUUAUUCCUGAGAUGGACUCUGCCUUACACUUGUUUCUCCAGCAGAUGAAAGAGAGCUAUCCUGUAGCGUGUUAAUUUCUCCCCUUUUCCUCGCUAGCUGUCUUUUUCUCUCCCCCCCCUCCCACUUUCUUCUUUCUAAAAUGAUUGGAAAAUGAAUCUAUGGCAUUCUACACUUGGACCAUUUGAUUGUUUUCUUAUUUUGGAAUUGGUGUAUAUCAUGCAGCCUUGCAGACAUAAUGUCUUGUGUGUAUAUAUCUAUUAAAAAAAUCAGUGUUUAAAUAAAAAGGCCUAUGUACGUAAUCCUUUAACUCUGCAGCAGCAUUUGGUAGAUAGUAAUUAACUGUGAAUAAUAAAUAUACAACAAAUUCUUCA